AUGAUUCUGCAGUUCGAAAAUCGACUUCGCUCAUCAAAUUUACAGCUAAAAGAUUAUUUACCAUUAGCUCAAGUAAAUAAACAAUAUCAUGAAAAAGAUGUUGUUGUAUUUAUAAUCUCUUGUUAUGGUGGAACAAGUAUAUUUUACGGAAAAGGUAUCGAAGACAUUCCUAAUACACAAGUUCCAACCAAAAAUAUUCGUUUAACAUAUACAACGGAUAAUACAACUGGUAAAGGUUUUCAAUUAAAAGAUCUAAUUCGUAAUGAAUUAUAUUUUUAA